AUGGAAAUUUCUUUCUUUCCAUUCAUACUCUCCCUACUUCAAACUACAUUAAUUAUCACUUCCUUUUUUCAUUGUGCUCAACCACUUUGCCACAGCCAUGAGAGGUCUGCCUUUUUGCAAUUCAAGAACAGCCUUGUUAUAGACAAGUCUACUUCUGCAGACCCUUUGGCUUAUCCAAAGGUUGAAUCAUGGAGUCGUGAAGAUUGUUGCUUCUGGGAUGGUAUUCAGUGUGAUAAGCAAACCGGGCAUGUCACUGAAGUUGAUCUCAGCAGUAGCUGUCUUUUUGGUUCUAUCAAAUCCACGAGCAGUCUUUUCCAUCUCACUCAACUUCAGAGCCUUAACCUUGCUUAUAACCAUUUCAAUUACUCUCAAAUCCCUUCUGCAAUAGAAAUCUCGAAACUCUCCAAGUUGUUGUCUCUUAAUCUCGCUCUCAAUGUCCAUGUUGUUGAUUCACCUUCAGAUGUGAUCAGACUUCUGGAGUUGAAAAAUCCUGGUUUUGGUUUUUUACUCCAAAAUUUAACAAAGUUGAGACAACUUGCUCUUAGUUAUGUUGACAUAUCCUCCACAGUGCCUUAUUUUUUGUCAAAUUUCUCUUCUUUGACAUCCAUCUAUCUAAGAAAUUGUGGGCUGUAUGGUAAGUUUCCAGAGAGUAUUUUUCAACUUCCAAAUCUGGAAUUUCUUAGUUUAGCGGAAAACAAAGAGCUUACUGGUUCUUUUCCUGAAUUUCAAUCUGGUAGUCCUCUUAAGGAAUUGUCGCUUUGGCAUACAAGUUUCUCUGGUGAUUUCUCAUCAAUUGGAGAGCUUGAUUCCUUAGAUCAGCUAGAUCUUGAGGGUUGCAAGUUUUCUGGGUUAAUUCCUUCAUCAAUUGGACUUGGUCGUAAUGAAUUAACUGGUCAAAUUCCUCCAUGGCUUGCAAACCUUACCCAAUUAACUUAUCUAGGUCUUGAAGCAAAUAGGUUAAAUGGUAUGGUUCCAAGGUCAUUUUCUGGACUAAAGAAACUUGAAACCCUUUAUCUUAACUCCAACGAGUUGAGUGGCAUAGUGGAUUUUGACAUGUUUCUUUGCAUGGAGAAUCUCAUCAAACUCCAACUGACAGAUAACAAUUUGUCAUUUCUCACUACUGACACCAAAAAUAUAAAUGCAACUGUCCCUCAGUUUAGAAUUUUGGGAUUGGCUUUGUGUAAUUUGCGAAACUUCCCAAGUUUCUUAAGCUACCAAGACAAUCUAAUGUUUUUGGAACUUGGUGCAAACAAAAUAUAUGGCCAAAUACCCAAAUGGGUAUGGAACAUAAGUUCAGAAACAAUGGUUUCCUUUGAUCUUUCUAACAAUUUCUUGACAGGCUUUGACCAACCUCCAACUGUUCUUCCAUGGGUUCGUCUAAAGUUCGAAGGUCGCAUACCGCCAUCAUUGCCUAGUUGUAUGAUGCUACAAGUUCUUAAUCUUGGGAACAAUCAAUUAACAGACAUAUUCCCUUCUUGGUUGGGACCACUUCCAGAUCUAAAACUACUUGUGCUGCGAUCCAAUCGCUUCCAUGGAGUCAUAGGGAAACCUCUUUUUGGUUCUGCUUUUCCCAGUUUGCGAUUUAUUGAUCUUUCAUACAACAAUUUUACAGGUAUGUUGCCAUCUGAAUACUUUCAAUAUUGGAAUUUCAUGAAACAUGUUGAUGCUUCCGGUUCAACAUAUAUGAAGGCAAACUCAAGUUUCAAAGUUCCGUCACAUAGAUGGACUAAUGUAUUUCCAUACUCAGUCACUAUAACAAUCAAAGGUAUUGAAAGAGUCUAUGAAGGGAUCCAAGAUGUUCUUGCAGUGAUUGAUCUUUUUCAAGUAACAACUUCAAUGGAGAGAUUCCAGAGUCCACUGGGAGUUUACAAGGGCUUCAUGUGCUUAACCUGUCCAACAACAUUCUCAGUGGUAGCAUUCCUUCAGCCCUAG